AAAUAAGGGCAGUCAAACGAAAAUUACCAACCGACUUUUAUAUUUUCCAUAAAUUUUAUACUACUCGAGAUGGAUUGUGACAAUUCGAGUUUGGAGGAGAAGCGAGAACGCGUUGACAAUGCAAUCCUAACCGCCAUGGAGGAUCUGGAUCGGGAUUAUCUGCGCAAAUUGCAGAUCGAGAUGCACAGAUGUGCGACCGCCUGUUGUGCGGAUGCGGACGCGAAUGCGGAGGCGGUGGAGCGGUGCAUCGAUCGCUGCCAAAUCCGUUUGACCCGAUCACGCUGCUUCGUACAGCAGGGUAUAUCCGAUUUUGAGAAUCGCCUAGAGAAGUGCAUCCAGCAGUGCCGCCUCAAUGGAUCCGAUUAUAGCUUGGAACGUUGCACCAGCAACUGCGUGGAUAGCCAUGUGGGAUUGUUGCCCGAAAUGUUUAGGGCUAUGCGAGAUACCCUGGAGAAAGGUGUUUAGCAAAACAGAACACUUAUGGUUUGAUUUAAUUAAAAUUAUAUUCGUUGGAUUUAAACAAAAAUGUCUUAAUUUAUAUUAUUUUAUAUUAUAUUUAUUAUUCAAAAAUUCAUUUAAAAAAUAUCAUGGACUGUGAACCACCGAUUUCCUUAAAUGCCAUCAAACACCUCUUAAUUGCUAAAUAGCGACUUAAUUAAUGCCAAACGGCAAUUAGUAAUCUAACACCAGUCGCCAAUCGGCCGAGGAAAUGUUUAUUGAUUUAUUUACUAAUUUAAUCGAUUAUGCUGCAAUUUUUGGUGACCCAAAAACAUGCUUUUUAUAAAGCAAUUACGAGACCU